GGUUCGGUUCUUUUUUGCUCUGAAAAUUACCGAAUUCGUCUUGCUUUGAACUUUCUCUAAGAACUUUGAAGAUUUCCCUUUAUCUUUUGUAUCGAUUCAGACCGAGCAAGGUCUUUUGAAACUGCUAGAAGUUUAACUGGAAAGUUCUUUUGUCAACAUGAUCGAGCUUCACCCCCGAUAACAAAAAAUUAGGUCGUGUCACAAUCCCAUGCGAGCGAGGGGAUAGCAGGAUAGCUUCUGCUACGGUAGCGGGACACUUUUUGUACCUUUUUUUCGUUUCACUGGCCGGUAGAAUUUUCGAUUUCAUCUCAAUUACCUGUGCAAAAUGUAGCACAGCACUUUGUGUGACUUUCAAUGGAGUAAAGUGAAAUGUGUCUGCUCUAAAUAGAUUCUUUGGCUCGAACGUGCCUUUGUGAUGAAUGUAAAUAAAAGGUAGCCGCCGAUCCUUUCGAACAGAGCAUCAAAGAUGGCGGGCAAAAGUGGAAUAGCCCGUCAACUUGAACGAGUGAGACCGAAGUUUGUGCAAGAGCUGGAUAUAAACAAAGUUCUUCCUCGAUUGCUUCGCAGGGGCGUUUUCACGGUGUCUGAAGAAAAACAAGUUCUUAGCCCGACUGUUCCUCAGGAGAGGACUAAGUUGUUGCUGGAUAUUAUAUCAGCGAAAGACAAGACAGUUUUUUCCGAGUUUUGCAGGACUUUGGAGGAAUGCUCCCCGAGCCUUUUGACACAUCUUGCACUUGCUGUUGAAGGU